CCGCCCCUCUCGCAAAAUAAAAGUGCUGCUGUCGCAAGGUCUUGUGACUUGACUGUAACUUGUCAACAAAACAGCAAUGCUGAAGUUCGUGUCGCUGUUGCUGGUCCUUAGCUUCUGCCAGGGCCUGCAGCACAACAAUAUCGACGACUAUGUUGAGGCCGAGCCCGUUUUCGAGGCGUCAAAGUACGGCUCCCUGUGGCCUCUGCCGCAGAAAGUGCAGAUUUCAGAGGUUUCAUUCAAGUUAAGCAGUAGCAGCUUCAGGAUUGUUGAUGCCAAAACGUCGUCCGCUGGACCGAGCUGCAGUCUCCUACAGAGCGCAUACAGGAGGUAUUAUGAGUACAUGUUCGGCAGCGCUAAAAAGCAGUGGUGGAGCAAAAACAGCAGGCGAUCAGAUCCCUCUGAUCUGAUCGAGCUGCAAGUGUGGAUCACAUCACCUGACUCUGAAUGUGACGGAUACCCCAGUGUGACUUCUGACGAGUCAUAUGAACUGACAGUGAGUCAGCCAGUUGCUGUCCUGAAGGCACCUAAGGUCUGGGGAGCUCUGCACGGCCUGGAAACCUUUAGCCAGUUGGUGUUUGAAGAUGAAUAUGGAGCUAAAAGUAUCAAUGCAACAGUAAUCAAUGACUUCCCCAGGUUUAAACACAGAGGCAUCUUACUGGACAGCUCUCGGCACUUCCUUCCCAUUAAAGUCAUUUUGGCCAGUUUGGAAACAAUGGCAAUGAACAAAUUCAAUGUUUUCCACUGGCACAUUGUCGACGAGCAGGCCUUCCCUUACUUAAGCCGAACCUUCCCACAGCUCAGCGAGAAGGGAGCUUACCACCCAUACACCCACGUGUAUACACCAGCCGAUGUGAAGAUGGUAAUCGAGUUUGCUCGUCUAAGAGGCAUUCGUGUCAUACCGGAGUUUGACACUCCAGGACACACACAGUCUUGGGGCAAAGGCCAAAAAGAUCUUCUCACACCCUGUUACUCUGGGUCCAAACCCUCUGGCUCUUUCGGACCAGUGAAUCCCAUCCUGAACACCACGUAUGAAUUCAUGACUCAGUUCUUCACGGAGAUCAGCACCGUGUUCCCUGAUGGCUACGUUCACCUGGGAGGUGAUGAGGUGGACUUCACAUGCUGGAAGUCCAACCCAGACAUUCAGAAGUUCAUGGAGCAGCAACAUUUUGGAGAAGACUACAGCAAACUGGAAUCAUUCUACAUCCAAAAACUCUUGGAUAUUGUGACCUCUAACAAGAAGGGCUACCUGAUCUGGCAGGAGGUCUUUGACAAUGGUGUUAAGCUGAAAGCAGACACACUAAUCCACGUUUGGAAGGGAAACCAGGAACAAUACCAGAAUGAGAUGGCAAGCGUUACUGCAUCAGGGUACCAGACCCUGCUGUCCACUCCCUGGUACCUGAACCGUAUCUCCUACGGGCAGGACUGGCAGGGCUUUUACAAGGCCGACCCACAGGACUUUAAGGGAACUGAUGAGCAGAAAAAGCUGGUGAUUGGUGGAGAGGCCUGCUUGUGGGGAGAGUAUGUGGACGCUACAAACCUCACACCCAGACUUUGGCCUCGUGCCAGUGCCGUGGCAGAGCGGCUGUGGAGCGCCAAAAACGUGACCGACAUCGGCGAUGCCUUCAACAGACUGUCGCUGCACCGCUGCCGUAUGGUAGAGCGCGGCAUCCCAGCUGAGCCGCUGUUUUCCAGCUACUGUCCACAUGAGUACAAGGGUGUCUGAAAAUGAAGACCAGACACAGCAAAUGAAAUGGGGAAAUGGAAAGGGAAGAAAUUCAUAUUCUUUUGACUAUUCUUCAACUAUAUGAAACUAAAAUGCUGAACUGCCUAGAUCACUGUACCGAUGAGCUCUGAAACACAUCGUCCUUUUUUUAGAUUUGCUCCACAGAACUUUUAAAUCACAUUUAAUGUCAAGGGUGUUACUGUUAUGAUUGCACUUUUUUUAUGAAUGUUUCUAG